AUGCCCUCAUCACCCCCCAGCAAACCAGAAAAACAUGCAUCCUCCUUCCUCGAUCUCACCGGCGAAGCGCGUGUCCGCGAGCUAAUGGAUCAAUUUGCGCUCACUCUCAACGACCCCGACGACCAGGAAUGGACCAAAGCCCUCUUCCCCCAUCUCAAAGUCGUCUCCGUCUCACCCGACGGCCCCCAUCCGUCUGUGACGUUUAGCUUUGUCGUGCAACCGGUGCACUGUAACCGUCUGGGGAACUUGCACGGCGGCUGCACCGCCUCCAUCUUCGAUUUCACCACUUCCAUCGUCCUCGCCAUCAUCGCCCAUCCAGGCUACUGGUCCUACCUCGGCGUCAGUCGCACACUCAACACCACCUACCUCCGGCCUGCGCCUGUCGGAGGCGAGGUAAUUAUCCGGUGUGAGCUAGUCCAAGUGGGACAGCGCCUAGCGACGGUGCGUGGGACUAUGCACCGACGUGGGCCGGGUGCGUUAGGCACGGGGGAGGAGAAUGGGCCGUUGGUUGCGACGUGUGAGCAUGGGAAGUUUAACACUGAUCCGGGGGUUGCGAAGGCUUGA